UUUUAAAUCCGGACUGUUCGUUUUAUGAGUCUUCGUCUUUCUCUUUGUGAACCGUGAGAAUCUUUUCAUGACUUUAAAAUGUCCGUCAGUUUGUGGACCGUGAACGCAUCGUCCCAAACUCCGUGGAUUUUCAUUGACAGGAUGUCGUCUCUGUGGAGGUCGUAUCAGAGCCUGAUGAGCAGACGCCCCCUGACCGUCCAGAUCCUCACAGCAGGCUCCCUGGUGGGCGUGGGGGAUGUGAUUUCGCAGCAGCUCAUCGAGAGGAAGGGUUUGUCCAAUCACAGCGUCCGUAGAACCGUGAGGAUGAUGGGCAUCGGCUUCUGCUUCGUGGGUCCUGUCGUGGGCAGUUGGUACAAAGUUUUGGACAAACUGGUUUUGGGGACGAGUAAAAGUGCAGCUCUGAAGAAAAUGCUGUUUGACCAGCUCGGAUUCGCUCCGUGUUUCUUGGGCGCAUUUCUGGUUCUGUCUGGAGCUUUGAACGGACUCACACUGGACCAGAACCUCCACAAACUCAAACGGGUCAGUCACACAGAACCAGAACCUCCACAAACUCAAACGGGAUUACACCGACGCUCUGAUCUCAAACUACUACCUCUGGCCUCCGGUUCAAAUCGCAAACUUCUACUUCAUCCCCCUGCACCACAGGUUGGCCGUGGUCCAAGUCGUCGCUGUGAUCUGGAACUCCUACCUCACCUGGAAGGCCAACCAGGACUAAACCAGGACUAAACCAGGACUAAACCAGGACUAAACCAGGACUAAACCAGGACUAAACCAGGACUGAACCAGGACUGAACCAGGACUAAACCAGGACUAAACCAGGACUAAACCAGGACUAAACC